AUGAGAGCGCUGGCAGGGAUGGGCACAGGAGCCCUCCUGCUCCCUUGCCUGCUGCUGCUGCUGCUGGCCCACUCAGCCCACACAGCCAUCCUGGAGGUGAAUGGGAACCUGAACUGUAGGUGUGUGAAGACAACCUCAGACUACAUCAGCCCAAAGAGAUAUGAAAGCAUUGAGAUAAGACCCGUGGGAAGCACCUGCAGGCGUACAGAGAUCAUAAUCAAGCUGAAAUCCCCAGGGAAGCUGUGUGUGAAUCCUGAGGCCCCCUGGGUGAAGAAGCUGCUGAAGCGCAUUGCGGGCACGUAA